AUAGACAGAAACCUGUCAAGGUGAUUAUAAUUCCAGGUUUAUAUACAGUAAACAAAUCCCUCAGUUUCUUAAAGGAAUUUUUAACUUAAAAAUAAUUAAAAUACGCUGAAAUUCUCCGUGACUUUGAGACCCAAACAUGGAAUAUCGAAGAAUGGUUUUAUUAGAUGGUAAGAUCUAUUCUUUUAGCGCUAUGAAACCAUUUGAGACAAUAUCCAUAUCGGUGGUAAAAAAAUAAAAUAAAACAAGACUUAAGUAAUGAAAAAAAUAUUAAUUAAAAGAUUCCUAAAGGAUUUGUAUGGUGUGGGUUAUAUAAUGCAUCACCACUGAAGCUGUAGCUGUAUCAUAUAGAAACACUUCUUACUUGACUCUUGAAUACCUAUAUAAAAACAACAUUGACUAUUGUUUGACAUAUAAUUGUUAAUUCUUGCAUCGCAUAAACACUUCCUGAUUAUGGCGUGGAAAUUGCCUUCUAUCUUACAGGGAUAUCCACCGUCCAUUUUCUCUCGAAUUCAUUAAAUUUUCCUUUAGGUUGUCUAGAAUGUUUUUCGAAGCUUAGCACAGCUUCAUUAAUUUUAGUCUGCCGUGUAACAUUUGUACCGUUCGGACAUUCUAAGGAAACUUCUUUCUUGUCCAUUUCCCGAAAACAUGGCAACGUGUACUGUUGCUUUUCCGAAAAUCCCAGCUAGCAUUUCUUCGGUGCCCAACACGCCAUUUUUGUCAAUCCGAAAACAACCGGCACUUUGAAGUGACAAUUCACUUCAGACAAUCAGAGGUACUUCGGAACAGUUAUUUCAUUAUAUUCCAAUAUUCCGCUGGGUGCCCCUGAUCUUAAAAGCAUCUCCACAAAUCCAGAUGUUUAUUGCUGGCGUGGAUUAUUAUAGGAGUAGUUGUGGUCUAUACAGCAGUGCCUCUUUCUCUAACGCUAGUUCAUACGCUGUAGAAGCUCACUGAGAUCAACCAGCGCGCCAAACGUCUGGAAUUUCCAGUACGGUGCAUUCAGCGAAAAAUGUGUUUACCACUGACCAAUCUCAUUCCUCGAAGUUCAAGAUUCUUUUGGCCAGCACUACGCUUCGGCAACUCUGGUCGAAAUCGAAAAGUGAGCCAGCGUUUAUCACAGCAGUUGCUCUCUCCACCUGUAUUCAGAAAUCAUCAUCGACCUUAGGCUCCUGGCCCCACGUGCACAAUCAAAUAAAACCAGAACUAGGAUUUUUACCGCUGACCGAUAUCGAGAAGUUCUCUUGGGAGGACCUCUUGGGGGGUUUAACUGGCGGAAUUCGUGAGCGACUGAGUUCUCAGUAUUUCUCCCGGUUCGUCCGCGAGUACCCUGGCCCAUCACCCGUCUCUUCACCAAUCCCCUCCCGUCCCUUCGCGUUCACGCAUGACUUUGUCAAGAAAACGAAAGCAUUCGCGCGCGAAAUCCUGUCAGCUACGCAGGCUGAGGUUUACCAUUCGCCUCCAUUCACCUUUAUCUGCAUUUCCCUGUCUUUUGGCAGUUUCGACACAUAUACCUGGCUACUCAGCUCAGUUCCAAGCGCUUCCAGAAACCAUGAACGGAACAGUUUCUCCGUAUUAAUAGAUUUACAACGUAGGAUUUCGGCUACUCGUUUUGCUGUAUUGACAAUGCCUCACUUCGAUGCAACUUCCUGUUUUCCCUGAAAAGCCGGAUGAGAUAAAAUGUUAAGGAUUGACGUAAGGAAUACCCCUUCGUAACUUGACAGACAAGAAGGAGCUGAUUGUUUAGAUCGAAUACCAAGGCUUUUGUAGUUUAAAAUAGACUUGCAACAAGAAGUAAGAACUAACAUGUCAAUUCACAUUUGUAUCGACAAAUCUGUAGGUCUUGUAGAUGACGUAUAUACGAGCUAGCAGCAAUAUUUUGACAACAGAAAAGACGAAACUAGUCUAUACUUAAAUAAAUAUAAAAAUAACUGUACCGUGACAACUGAGUUCACUGAGAAUUUAAAUUUCAAAUUUUGUGAAGGUUACGUCCACGCAGUCAUCUGUAGCUGUUUCUUAAAUAACCGAUUGAGUGAGCAUUACUAAAAAAAAGAAGACAAAGCAAAGAACCUCUAGUUUCUCACAAAGCUGCCGUGUGCUAUGAGUGAAAAGCGAUCAGAUAGUGAACAUACUAAUCCUGUAGCUAUAUUGUACGAAGCUGCUCGGGAUGGUGCGGUUGUUGUACUCAGUGAUGUUCUUCAGCGAAUGAGUAUCAGUGAAAGAAGCACCGCUUUAGAAACGAAAACGAAAGAUGGCGACCAAAUCACCACUCCCUUAAUCAUCGCCGCUCGCAAUGGAAACCUGGAUUCUGUGAAGAUGCUUCUAGAAUACAAUGCAGACAUCGAAGCUCGAGGAACUGUGAAAGUUAACGGCCAAGUUAUUGAGGGUUGUACACCUUUGUGGGCUGCUGCCAAUGGACAUCUUGAUGUUGUGAAACUGUUAAUCGAGCGAAACGCGGACGUCGACGGAAGAAAUUUGUUAAACUCGACUCCUUUAAGGGCAGCUGCUUACGAUGGACGCCUUGAUAUUGUAAGCUGUUUGGUUGAAAAUGGGGCCGACGUUGAUGCACCUAACAAGUUUCAUCGUACCCCCCUGAUGAUGGCAUGCUACUAUGGCCACAUGAACGUUGUCAUCUAUCUUAUCGAGCGUGGCGCGAAUAUGGAUCUUCAAGACAUACAAGGCUACACCGCCCUACACUGUGCUGUUGAAGGGGACCAGUUUGAGACUGCCAAUAAACUGCUCGCUCUUGGGGCGUCGCAAUUGCCAGAUGUUCAACGUUUAACACCACUUCUUUGGGCGAGUAAUAAAUGCAAAAUUGACAUGGUGGAGUAUCUUAUAAAGAGACCAGAAUUUACAAAGGAACAGAGAAUUGAGGGGCUCGAGCUUCUCGGUGCCACUAUUGCCAAUACACGUGGUGUCUACGAGACUGUCUAUGACAUUGAGAAAGCAUUUUACUACAUGAAACGCAGCAUGAAAGAGAGGUUUCAAGACAAAUCGUGUCCCCUUCUUAAAAAGCAAACGGAACCCCUUGAAGUUUAUCAGAAUAGAAAAGAGAGCCAAACCCUUGAAGAACUUGUUCUGUUAGAAGGUGAUGAUCAUGCCAUCCACAUGGAGGGUCUUAUUAUCAGAGAAAGAAUCCUUGGAACUGAUAAUACAGAACUUCGCUUUCCAAUUGAAUACCGUGGUGCAGUUUUUGCUGACUCAGAGAACUACGAGCUAUGCAUUGGUUUGUGGGAACAUGCAAUGGAGAUAGGUCAACGUUGCAAUGUGGCAGUCACAAGCAAGUUACUAGACAUGGCAGGCUUAUUUUCCGUUAUGCUGCACAAACAAACGCUUUUGAGAUCGGAAUGCGUAGAAAGAGUGUUUGAAAAAUUGGUUGUAGAAUGCGAGAGACAGAAAGAAAAAUUGAUUUCCAUAACAAUGACACUGGAAGAACAUGAACCUACACUGUUUAGUCCCCAGUUUGAAAUAAACAGAUUGUUGCAUUGUGCUCUGUAUCUAUUAAUGAUAUACACCAAAGUCCAAGUUCCAGAAAGAAAGGAAACCAAAGGCAUUUUUGACUUGAUAAAAAGACUUCUUUGCUUAAACCCUCGCACUCGUGAUGGAAAUACACUUCUUCACUUGGCUGCUUGGCAUAAAACCGAAAUUACGGUGCCGAGAAAUGUACGCCUUGUGUGCAAGCUUCCAUGCGUUGAGACCAUGAAGCUUAUUAUGCAUGCAGGCUAUAAUGUGAACGCCAUUAACACCAAAGGAAAUAGUCCUCUUCAUUUAGCUGUGACUUUUAAGCCCAGUACUAAAGAUCUUCAGCUGUUAAGGGAUGUGUUGGAGACAUUGGUUGAUGGAGGAAUCCACGAAGACACGGUCAACAGUGAAGGCAAAACAGCUAUGGAUAUCGCUGAAACUGAUGAAGCACGCAGGAUCCUUUCUGUGAAGCUCACAUUGAGGUUAAAAUGCAUUGCUGCCAGAGCCGUAAGGAAAUUUGGAUUAUGUUAUGUUGGGAUAGUUCCUAAGACUCUUGAAAGAUUUAUUAGCUUACAUUAGGGUUGCUUUCGAGCGGUUUUCAAUCGAGUGUAGUUAAACCGAAACCAAAGUUAUUGGGUGAUUACUUUCGACACUCAAUUGAAAACCGCUCUACUAUCCUAAUACUAAUUGUUACAUGCUGUUGUUCGAAGAAUAGCAGGAAAUUGUUGUUUCAUGGUUCGCCGGUUUUGACAUUUUCUAUGGUUACGCAAAUACUAUAAGGACCGGAUUUUCGCCGAGUUGAGCCAUUAUAUGCUGACGUCGCUGCCACCUUGCUUUCGUUUCGAGAUUUUCAGGGUUCUUGUUAAGGCUACUCCAAACCUUGGCGGGUGCAUGUCCUCCAGAAAAAAAAUUGGUACUCGCGCUGUUUUCAAGUGAACCCCCAGAAACUAUAUAUCAAUAGAAAGGUCAUGAAAUUUAGAAUUCGAUAAAAUUAUGUUCUGUUUUGGCUACUGCUUUCCUAAGGCAGUAGUAGUCGUUAACGCCAAAACGACCGACUGACAUUCCGGCGAAUAGACCUCUUUAGCUUGGGCGGUUUGUUUUCCCAUUGUGGACCACGUGAUAUUCUCUGGAGAAUUUUUC